AUGCCUCUUUCGCACCUCACACUCACAGUCUCGCAUCUUCCCACUUCGACGUCCUUCUUCCUCGCAUGUCUCCAGCCGCUGGGAUACCAAUUUAUCGGCCGGCACGAUGAAUAUAUUGGCUUUGGAUCAAAGGCCGACGAGCCAGCUGACUUUUGGCUCUCUCAAGAACGACCAGGCACGCCUGCCGGCGCAGUACACAUUGCCUUUCCUGCGCCUUCAAAAGAAGCCGUGCAUGCAUUCUUUGUGUCCGCGUUAAAGGCCGGUGGUAAGAUUCAUGGCGAGCCCAAGACUCGCGAUCACGACACCGGAUACUUUAGCGCAGCCAUCAUGGACUUUGAUGGGAAUAGCAUUGAGGCAGUCUACCUCCCUGAUGGUACUGCGCGCUCUCAGAUUGGGGGGCCUACUUUCGAGACAGUCAAGAAUGGCUCGGUCGUCUCUAGGGUCCGGUCAACUAGGACCGAGACAGUGCAGCAUGCAAAGGCCGUCUAUGCUAUUGAAGAUAUCCCUUCUUCUCAGAUCAGAUCGCUUCACGAGCAGCAGCAGCAGCAGCAGCACCUGUCAUAUGCGGCAGAGGCGCAGCAGUCUGGCGGUGAAAGCACAGGCUUAUCGGCAAAGGCGAUCAUUGGAACUCUGCUCGGCGCCACUGCAGGAGCUGCAAUUGCUUAUGCUAUGGUGAAGGGGGACUCCCCUUCGAAUUCUCAGGCUUCAACACCACCGCCGGCGCCCGCUGCACCUGUUACCCCCUCACAGUACAUUCCGCAACAGCAGGGACAGCUCAUGCAUAUGGGGAUACCCAUGUCGAUGCCCAUGCUAGGACCUGCCCCGGCUGUGCAAGAACCGCCAACCUACCGCGCUCUAGAAGCACCACCACCCCAAGCUCCUCGAAGUACAUACACAGCCAACGAUGCAAUAUCGGCUUAUACACGAUCUAGCACCUCCAAGAGCCCUCGCGCAGACACCAUCUAUGAGGAAACCGAAUAUUAUCCUCCAAUAGAUGGGCCUCGCAGCGUCUACUCGCAGGAAAGCAGUAGUAAUUAUAGCGCAGUUCGUCGUUCUUCCAGUGGGAGUAUCUACGCAACUCGCGAUAUACCUAUCCGUGCAAUAGAGUAUCCUGGAGGAAGCGGCUCACAAAAGAGCCGGUCAAAGUCGUAUCCUUGCGAUCCUAGCACUUUGAUCAGUAGCUACGCGGACAACAACUCUCGCGUUCAGCAACAGCAGCAGGGCCAUAUUAUCGGCGAUGCAGAGACGGAGUUUUCUUCAAUAUCGACUAUCAAACCUCCCAAAACCUCCCAUCGGCCAUCGGUAGUAGCAUCAUCCUAUCACAGCAACGGCACCAAAUCAUCAUCUCAUCACCACCAUUCCGUGGCCCAGCCAUCGGUUGUGUCUUCCUCGUCUCACCGCACAAAAUCGCACGUCAGCAGCGGAAGCAACAAGCACCAUCAUCAUCAUCAUCAUUCUGGUGGUAGUACUACUAGUCGUCAACAUGUAGACGACACACCUGCUUAUUCAUCUACUCUAUCGUCGUCUCGAUCCGCACACAAGGUCCCGCUUCCCGACAGCAGACCAACCUCCGUGGCAUCCCAUUCCCUCCGCUCCACGACAUCGAAACGAAGCAGCAAAUCUCACAAGGACAGUUAUUACGCUCCUCCUCCUCCUCCGCACGAUAUCCCACUGCCUGCAUCCGCAGCACCAAGCACGGUUUUCCUCGACGCCGUCGACGCGGACACAGCCAUCACACCAGACGAUAGUAUAAGCCAAGUAGGCGUCAACAACAACAAUAAUACAACAGCAGACCACAAAUCAUCAUCCGGCCGCUCGCACCGCUCAAAAUCAGGCUCAUCACAACAACACUCCCACGCCUCGUCCAAGCUCAGAGCAUCAUCGAAAUUCGAUGAACCCGUGAAACCGAGCGAUAGUAUCAGUCAAGUGUCCCGUGCGAGUGAGCGGACGGUCAAGGCUGCUGGAUCGAAAGUGCAUUCUUCGACGCAUUCAAAGAGUGGUUCGAGGGCGAGUCACCACUAG